CCAGCCAGUUUAACUCCAUUCUGAUGCCCAUAUUUAAGCACAGCAACACCUUUUGCUUUCAAGACGACAUUCACUAAACGCAAGCUGCGCUUUGGAUACAACCGAUUCCAGUAGCUGAAGAAUCCAUGUCGGAUUGAGGAGCGGAGAUGGUGGAGAGAUUCAAAGUGGGUGUCCUGCUGCAGUGGCUAAUUCUCCUUCUGUUCAGUCCGGCCUGUGAAGCCUCCUCUCUGGGGCUCACGGUUCAUGUUGUGCCUCUGGACAGCGAUGGAGGGAAAAUGGUGCGGGCUCACUUCAGCGUCAUCACUCCCUCUCCUUGUCCUGAUUUAUCGGAGGUCUGUGCGGCAGGAGAGGACUGUCAGUCCCACCGCACCUCCUUACCUUACAGCUACACCAAACCCAGCCCAGCUUGGUGUGUCCGCCAAUGGCAGAAGACUGUCCCCAGCAAUUACAACGAACUCCUCAAACUGGGGUCCAACACAGUGUUUUAUGUCUCGAUAAAGGCCGACCCAAAGAUUCGGGCGAAUAAUGGGAAACUCAACAGACCUGCUUUUGUGGCUCUUCCUCCUCCACUAAGGGCCACCGUAAACUGUCCCGCCGACUUCCAUAUCUCAGCUAAGGACCUGGAUGGGGACAAAGUCCGAUGCCGCUUUGCUCUUGCCGACAAAGGAGAGUGCCAGGAAUGUGCUCCUCACUCUUUUCUGGAACUGGAUGAGGAGAGCUGCACUUUGAAAUUCACUGGAAAUGCAGCAGCAGGGCAAUACUUCAUCUACCUGAUGGCUGAGGACCUGAUUCCUGCACCUCCAACCAGACAGAACAUAAACACCUCACCGCUCAGCUCUGUUCCUGUGCACCUCUCUCUCACCGUGGAGGAGUCGGCUUCUGGCUGCAGUAACAAUCCCCUGCCUUUAGACGGGACCCCGGAAAGAGACUCUGUAAAGUUCAUCCUGCCCUUCCAGGAGGUGAAAUUCAACGCCAACUACAAAGUGGCCCAGGAGAGGGUGUUGGAGAUAGCUGUGGUCGGUCCCCCUGACCUGUACAGGGUCGGCUUUGCAUCAGUCGGCCCCCUGGCAACAAUGACCAUGGCCUGGAUCCGCUCCGAAAACAACUUGACCCAGAUUUUGCCUGUCUGUUUUGUUGCAAACACUAAGAGUUUUCAGUCAGAGCUCCGAUGCCUGUGGUUGUUUCAAAGGGAAAUGAGGACUCUGCCUGAAGGAACAGAGCUAAAGUGUAACCAGACAGAGAUGUCUCUACUGCUUCCUGUCGGCUCCCUCCGCGACGUCGACCUGACAGAGCUGCAGCUCAACAGCGCCGCCUGCCCCGUCACUUACAACAACACACACUUGACUGCACACAUACCGCUGAGUGGCUGUGGCACAAAGGCAGUGCACUCUGGUUCAGAGUUGGUUUAUACCAACACCCUGAAAAGUGUGCAUCACACCAUGAUCAGCCGCCGACCCUCUCUGGUCCUCCCUCUGGCAUGCCGGAUCCCGGGAGCUCAGGUCACGGGGCCGCAGUAUGCCAUCGGCAUGCCCACAGAGACCGAAACGUUUGGCGUGAUUGAGGUCUGGUUAGAUUUUUAUCUUCCAGGACAGGGGCCCCUGGCAAGAUUCACAUCCAGUCCCAGGUUUCGCUCUAAUUUCUUACCAGCGGCAAGAGCUCGUCGGGAAGCAGGUUCAGAAAACGGCCUCACCAGAAACAGCACUGAACUUCAUCUUGGGGAGAAGGUUCAGCAGUUGGAUCUCUAUGUGAUGUCUAACUGUACUGUGGAUCGAGCUGAGAUGAUCGUGACCGACUGUAUGGAAUCUGAGACGGAGGACUUUGCAGAGAGCCGACCUAUCUUGGAAAAAGGGUGCAUGAUGUCCAACAGCACACUGGAGGUUAUUACAGAAAAAAAAACUUCAAGGAUUUACCGUCUGGAUAUAGCUGCAAUGGGAGUCUCUGGAACAAAGUUCUACGUUGAAUGCAAACUCAAUCUCUGCAUCGCUACCAGCCCGUCUGGGGAAUGCCCCAAUCUGUGUGGCAACACCAGCAGCAGUCCCAAUGUUCUGGUUAACAGCGUGUUCACCAGCACCUACUCGGUCCGCUCUGGGCCUGUGAGCCUCAUGGUUGCUGAUUUUAUGAACACAACAACUCAGAAACCAUCUACCAACACAACUGAUGCUCCUUCAAGUAAUACAACACCCAAACCAGGAACACCAGAACCAACAAGUAAUCCAUCAUCCAAACCAACAACUAAUCCAACAUCCAAACCAACGAGUAAUGAAGCACCCAGGCCGACUAAUGGUUCCAGCAUAACUACAGCCAUAGUCACUGGUAACACCACUACAUCCCAAGCAGCUCCAGAAGUUGCCACAUCCAGGAUAACUGGUUUGAUUCUGAUGACUACCAGCAUUUUCCUGCAAAUGAAGAUCCUUCCCUGAAAAAGCUGCUGGACAAUGACCUGUCAGGAAAUGGAGCACACCAUCUUUCUCUAAAGAACCUUUAGGCUCACAGCAGAAAUGGCGGCGACAAGGUGGCAGGAAAACUGCUGCAUGUCAGCCUGACAGCUGAGGCACAGCCUGACAGCUGAGGCACAGCAAAGUUUAGGAACUUUUUUCUAACUAUAUCUUAAAAAUAAAAAUAUCUGAUUCUUAAAAUGUUUUUUUUUUCUUUACUUUCUGUACAAAAUAUAUUAACUGUUACAUUUAUUGAAUUAACAGACAGAGCGAGAGUAGUUAAUCAACACAUAACCAAGAAGGCCAGUUAAUUACUUAAAGCAUCCAAAAUGAGCAAAUAGUUUUUGUAACAGAGCAGAAAAAGACAUUUUGUUUUUAUUCACUGUUAUUUGAUUCUGCUAUAACUCAUUUUCAACCUCUUUUACAUAUUUGGCCAUUUUUGAUGAGGGAAAUGAACUGGUUUUUCAAUUUUGAUAUUUUGUCUUGCACAUCAUACAGAAAAUUUAUGUAUUCUCACUUUCAUUGAAAGAGAUAUGUAUAUUUCUUAAUAAAUGUUAUAAAUCAUUUACAUAUUGUUGAUAUUAAAAU